AUGAGUGCUGAACAAUUGUAAGUUCCGCGAAUACAUUCUAACCCACGGAAGCUCUCCAGAAAUCUGUCUCGUGAGAGAAGACGCGCUUUUCGUGCUGGAAAAUUUCCGGAAGAUCUGAUUACGAAGGAUAUGAUCAAAGAGAUCGUUCACCAGAUCGAGUGUCCGCCCGGAACUCCGAACUACAAAGAGUUCAAAGUGACGGAGGGAAUGCUGCUGACGAAUGUGCCGAAGAACAUGUCGCCGCCCAUCGAGUACUGCGACCACCUCGUCAAGAUCAACGACGUGGAGAUCACUUCGAAGAAGAUUAUGCAAGUGACAAUCUACAGACUCGCAAAGGCCAACAAAGAACACACCGUAGGCGGACUGACAGAAUAACAGUUUCGGAAGGGAUUGGUUUCAGCUCAAGUUCACAGUACGUCGUGUCAUUUGCAUGGAAAAGAUCAUCGAAGACAGGAACAUUCCUCCGAAUGCUUCGAUCCGAAAGAAGUACGAUAAGAACGGCAAACCCAAUUCAGGCUACUAUUAUUACAAGAUUGUGCUCGUCUACUUUCCUCGCAGUAAACUUGGCAUCAAUGUGAAGUCGUACGGCAAUGUGGUAAGCUUCGAGGAACGUGUCCAGUGACAAGAGCUGGCUUUUCAGGUGUACGUGGAGUCGACGGACAACUCGUGGGGCUCCACGACUCGCCGCUUCCUUUACCUGGGAGACGCCAUUCUCAAAAUCGACGACACCGAAGUCAGCAACCUGUUUCACGUCCAAACGGCUCUUCGUAAUGGACUUCAGCAGAGAGGAGUUGUGCGUUCAGCCUCCAGUCUUUGUUAUAUUACACAUCUUCUUGUUUCAGGUGACUAUGAUUGUCGAGCGAGCUUGCGAACAAGGAGCCAACAACUACGUUCGCUCGGUUCUCAACUUCCAGAAGAAUGCGGAUCCGCAGAUCCCGCAAGAUGCGAUUCUCACUUGCAAGUAAGUACUCUCGACUUUCGAUUCUAUUCCGCCUUUUCCUACAAUUGAAAAUCACAGAGAACGUCUGGAGUACUUGAACAAAAACGGGUUUGGGCCGGAGCCGAAGUCAAUUUAUAGAGGAGAGCGAAAGUACGACCCAGAUGCGAGAAUCUCUCUCGAAUUCAAACUCGGAGAGAAGAAGCCGACGCCGAAGAACGUAAUUGCGAAGAAGAUUCCGGCAGAACACUUGAACCCGACGUCUAUGAUAGACUGCCCAUCCUACUUGAAAGAACCAAAAAAGGAUUAA